UUUUUCACUGACGAUUUGAUUUGACGACAUUUGCAUUUUCUUACGGCGUGGGUUACCGUUUAUCCUCAAUUUUAGUACGUUACUAUAGUUAUUUAGCUUCAAUUCUAGCACUCUAAAAUGCGUAAAAGGAAGUCUCUCAAGAAAAACGAUGAGGACUCCGAUGGCUCUGAAGGUGCAGCCGAACCAGAAGAAUUUCAAGACUCUGGUGAAGAUUGGACGCCGGAUGCCGACUCGGUAGAGCAACCUGUGAGAGGAGCUCGUAAGCGAGGGUCGAAGGCGUCUCUGAACAACUCUAAAAAGAAAAAGAAGGGUGAAGACUCUGAAGAGAGUGAGGGAGAAGGAGAAGAAGAUGAGGAUGGCGAGGGCGAGGAGGAGGAGGGGGACCUGGACGACGAGGAGGGCUCUGAUGACGAGAAAAAUGGAUCCGACGGAAAUAAAUCGGAUUCUAGCCAAUCUAAAGAUGUACCAAAACAUUUCCAUUCUGGCAACUUUGUGUUGUUGAAGUCAGAUGUGAAAUGGGAUGGUGACACAGUUAUAUCAAAACUGGAUGAACUGAACCUGUGGAAAAUUGAUGGGAAAGCAUUGCUACAGAAGUUCAUUCCCAUGGAGUCCAAUGGAAAGGUCUUGCACAAGUGCACUUGUGUGUAUUCUGGAUGGAAUGUGGACAAUCGCGAGAGCUACUAUCCAAUAACUGAGAUUUUGGACAGAAAUCCUCGCACAGAAUCAAAGGAAAUAUGUGUAGCAUUAGAUCUUAAUGAUCUUAUUAAAGUAAGAGACAAGUAGACUACUGGAUAAAGUUUUUUUUUAAUAUAACAUACAAAUAGAUAAGUGCAAAAAUGAUUGUCCUUUGUCACCAUUCCAUAUUACUUGUUGUGUAAUAGAAUCAUUUUACAAAGCUGGGAUAAUUCAUGAUUAAUAAAUUUAAUUGAGGAUAAUUGGA